UCCCUGCUUCCUCCUCCAUGUAACUGGACUUUACCAUGUCCGUGGCAGAGCCAGGCAUCCCAGUUGUGGCUGUUGCGGCAGCCGCUGUGGUGGUGUCCACAUCAUUUUCCUGGAAUUUCCCUGCAGCGGCGCCCAAUUGCUGGAGUUCCACAUCCUCUACAUCAUCAUCAUCGUCAGCACCAGCACCACCCUCAUCGACGGACGAUGGCUCGAGCACUGGGACCAGCUCCUUGAUGUUCUUCGUAUUCUCAAUAGUCUUGCUUAUCACGGACUCCAGCUUGGAGACGCUCUCCUCGAUCUCCUCCUCCACACUGGCCACCGAGGGCGUGGCAGACGCAGAGGCAGAAUCCUCCUCCGACUUGGGUUAGUCGAUGAUUCGAUUGUUAGUUACGAUUAGUAUUUGGAUUUCGAUGGCGAUAUCGAUAUCGAUUUCAGUUUAAACAUUCAUCAAACAAGUGAGAGAACGAGAGAACACAAUGAGAGCGAUAUAUAGACAGAGAGAGAUAGAGCGAGAAAGAAAUGGCAAAAGAGAAGAAAAAACGUAUACACCAUAUGAUGAAUUACAGUUAUUUAUAGUGUAAAUAUGUAUAUACCCUGCAGUACCAGCAGUGAGCGAUGACGAAUGCCAUCUACAAUGUCAUCGAGGCGUUGACGCCAGCCAAAUCGAACCCUUUGUUUUUUCUUUUGUUUCUUUCUUUUCCGCGCGUGCCGAACGUAAUUCGGUUCUGCCGACCGUGCGCAGUAGCAGAGAACUUCGUUUAAUCUUUUCGUCUUCUUUGCGACUGCGUCGACAGAACUCUUUUGCUUUGUUCUUUGCUAUUUGCAAUCGUCACACGGAGUUUUAAUAAGUGAAAAUAAGUAAUCUGUGAUUAUUAUUAUUAUCAGCGGCGGUGAAGAUGAAAAUACCCCACGAGCCAGCAGAAAAAGUGAUUCGGAAGGCUAUUCACAAUAUUAAGAAUAGCUAUUUUCAAAAGGGCGCAAGGGACAAAAAAUACAAAGCUCUGGCAUCCUUAGACAAUAAUUAAUAAUAAUUUUUAAUAAAUAAAACUAAUUGGAAA